GGAAAGCCAAUUAUUGCGCUACCCUCUAUCACAAAAAAUGGCCAAUCCAAAAUCGUGCCUUGUAUCAGCGAGGUAAUUCAUUUUCAACACAUUUCAGGCGAUUCCGCGGCUAAAAGAGCAGGAAUUCACCGAAAUCUAACAAAUAUGCGGCAACGAGCCUAUGAACUGAUCAAGAUUGCGCAUCCGGAUCAGAGGGCGAUGCUCGAGAAGGCGGCAUUCGAAAGACUCAAAGUGAUGCCGUCGGCCGACUGA